AUGUCUCGGGCAGCUGAAGCAGCCAUGGCUGCGAGCUACAAAGCUCUGAAAGAGGAUUUUGUUUCUAACUUGACUGGCGGUUCAAUUUCAGAAAUCAACCUCGUUACUGCUGUUUCCCCUGUGGCACUCGUCUGCUGGGCAGCUCUUCAAUCCCGACUGUCGUUCUUCAAGCCGUAUACACCAUUAGCAUUUGCUGUCGAUUUCCUGUUAAAUGUCGGAGCUAUCCUGCUUGCGUUCACGCUUUAUUCGGACAAACCACUUCUUCUCAGCAUUCUUUUACUCGCCCCAGUCAUUAUGGUAUACGCUAUUCCCAAACCAUCACCAGUCAGGAAGCAGAAGCCUCCUCCGCGGAAACUUGCGAAAGACUCUGAGCCUCAAACACCUCUGCCAAAGAAGCCGUUUCUUACCAUCUACCGAGGGGCCAUGAUGAUCACAACAUGCAUCGCUAUUCUUGCGGUUGAUUUUCGAAUAUUUCCACGACGAUUCGCCAAGGUUGAGAAUUGGGGCACCUCACUCAUGGAUGUGGGUGUGGGAUCAUUCGUGUUUUCUGCCGGGAUCGUAGCAGCAAGACCGCUCUUGAAGGAGAAACUGGCUGGCAAAACUACGCCUGUCUUGACACGACUUUCUCGAUCAUUGCGCCACUCCCUCCCACUACUCGUAUUGGGAUUUAUUAGACUUUAUACUGUGAAAGGGUUGGAUUACGCAGAGCACGUCACGGAAUAUGGGGUACACUGGAACUUCUUUUUCACACUCGGGUUCCUUCCCCCUUUCGUGGCUAUAUUUCAGUCAGCGUUCCAGAUAAUACCUUCAUAUGCUGCUCUGGGAAUUAUGCUCUGCUCUUUGUACCAGAUUGCUUUGGAAUUUACAGAUCUCAAAGCAUUUGUUUUGACCGGGCCAAGAGAUAAUCUAUUUUCCAAAAACCGGGAAGGAAUUUUCAGCUUCUUCGGGUACCUUGCCAUAUUUCUUGCGGGGCAGUCCACUGGCAUGAUAGUUAUUCCUCGAAGCCUCUCAAAGACUCUCACUAGCGGUGCGGCGCAACGCAAGAGACUUUUACUGACUCUGGGGGCAUGGUGUGCGGUCUGGAUAUCCCUUUUCACCAUAACGUCUAGUUAUAACUACGGAUUAAACCUCACUGUAUCUCGUCGGCUGGCCAACCUUCCAUACUUCUUCUGGAUAUGCGCCUUCAAUUCUUGUCAAAUAACAGCUUUCUGUCUUGUGGAGACGAUCUUCUUUCCUCAAGCCCACCAGAGUACAGACGCGAAGACCGAAGCCGAGACUUAUGAGGCAUCUAGUAGUCGAGUUUUUGAAGCAUAUAACAGGAAUGGGUUAGCUGUCUUCCUCGCAGCCAACCUGCUGACGGGGCUUGUCAACCUGACAGUACCUACAUUAAACGUGGGUGAGAUAGAGGCUAUGGUAAUAUUGUUUGCAUACGCAUCCGUAGUGACGGGUCUGGCAAUAGGGUUAGACGCCUAUGACAUAUCUGUCAAAUUAUAG